AUGCCGUCCCGCGCCGCGCUGCUCGCCGCCGCGCUGUGCGUGGCCGCCGCGGCGCAGCUGCGCCCGGCGGCGGCGCGCAAGGUCUGGGCGACGGUGCCGUACACUGUCAGGGGAUCGGUGGCGCAGCUGGCGAGCACUGGAGCCAAAGGGGGCCUGGAUGUGGGCGGGCAGCUGCUCCUCGACCUUGAGCUUUCAGAGGGCGGGCGCCCAACGGGCCGCGUGUACGGCGCCUGCCGCGCCGUCGCCGCGGCCCCUGGCGGCGGCGUGCGGACGCUCUGCACCAAUCAUUUUGAGUGGGACGGCGGGGACUCCACCAUGGUGGGCCAUGCCUCUGGGGUUUUCAAGGCGGGCAGCGCCUUGGCUUUCAAGAUCAGCAUUGUGGGCGGCAUCGGCAAGUGGCAGGGCGCCCACGGAGAAGAUCUGGAGUUCAAGUUUGACCCAAAAUCGGGCGCGGGCGGCGGCAAGAUCGUGCUGUACUGCCUGGAUGGGCGGUGCUGA